AAUCCCUAACGCCUCUCCCAAAAUCCCACAGCUGCACCGAUUUGAUUUACCUGUAGGGUAGGCAGACUUUCCUCACUUUUAUUAAAUUUUCCGGGGAACAGGCUAUUUUCCGGAUAUCAUGGAUACUCUGAAGGGCAUGCUGAAAGCGUACGAGGCGUGGGUGGCCAAGAACCCGGAUGUGGUGGGAGAUUUCGAGACCACCGCCAAGUGGGUGUCCUACUUUAUAGCAGGUCGCAUAUCCUCAUCGAAUGUCCUCAGCGAGCUGGUGUACACGUUAUCCAACAUGCUGGUGUUCUACAACGAUCGGAUCAUCGAGCGGGCACGUAACGCCCGGGAGAAUUCGGUGAUCCAGCUGCAAUCGAAACUUUGCUACCGUCUAAAGGUCACGCUGACGACACUUGAGUACAGCGAGGUGUUCAUCGAGAUAUCAGCCCGCCGGCUUUUCGGUCAAUCCGGCAGGUGGCUAGUGAUAGCGCUAAUACAGGCCUUCAAGGCGGCGGGGCGAUUCUUUAUCUUGAAGCACUCCACCUCGGAUAUAAUCACCUCGCCGCCCAUUGCCUCCCUGAAUCGCAGGGCCCUGGGCAAGCAGCGGAAAUCGUCGUCGGCGGAUGAGGUGGCCUCCUCCUCGAAUGAUGUGCUGCAGUCCCACCACUCCAUAACCUUCCAGCUGAAGCGAUCCGGCCGAGUGAUUCGCAAAGUUGAGGGUGCUCCUCCGCUGCAAUAUCGCGACUUCAAGCUCCACAUAGACAACAAUGAGGCGGAAAAGACGCAAAUACCUAGGAAACUGCUCCAAGCCGAGUACCUGUAUAUAUCGAAGCCCCUCAUCCACCUGGCCGCCAUGGGAUUGUUCGGCCAGAGGAGCUGGAAACAGUAUAUGGUGGCAUUGUCGAUCGAUCUAUACAGCAUACACUUGUAUCGCCAGCACCGCGACCUGAUGUCCAAGCAGCAGAAACUGGAGUUGAGCAGGCGAUGCAUCAACAUCCUGUACUUCCUGGUCCGAUCGCCGUUCUACGACAACUUCACCAAAUCCCGACUGGAGCGAGUCCUGGACUUUGUGGCCACUAGUGUGCCCAUUGCAAAGGUGGUGGCCGGACCCCUCAAAGACUACAUUCCCACGUGGCAAAGCACUUACUUCUAUCUAUGGUCCACUUAGGCAUUCCACAGAUAGAGCUAAAGUAUUUCCCCUAGGCUAAGUCGUAAAGUAACAGGUGUGGAUGCAUUGGGAGUGUUCAGCGGGUGGGUCGGUUCUACAAAUUUGCGGAGCAGAAAGUAAGUCCUUGUAAAACUAAAGAAUGUACGAGAUUACCUGACAUAAUUUUGAUAAAAUUGCCAAAAUAAAAUAUUACCUUUACUCUUAAAAGCAUAUAUAUUUUUAAAGAAAAUCAAAUCGCCAGAUUUCUUUCCGCUCCUAAGAAUUUCGAGUUGUCCCGCAUUCCUUAAGUUGACCCAUCCUAAUGUGUGGGAUUGCCUCUAUUUAAAUGAAAAAUUCCAUUUGAUCCCAUUUGUUUUGUAUGGCUUUUUAAAUUAUAUAUGGAACAAUAUUUUUACACAUACAAUUAAACGAAAUUUUUCACUUA